CCUAUCCUCUACAAAAUGACAAAGGGCUGCCGGCGUGGUCAUCUCAUCAGGUAUAAAAACGGCCGCAGCACCGAUGCCAAGUCAGAACAGCGAAACAAGACUUCUGAUCCGACCUCACAGCUCCUGAAGAUCUUCACCAUGAGGCGCUCCGUCAUGUCGGUCAUCUUUGCCACGGCGCUCUUCUUCGAUGGUUACGUACCGUCAGCUGCCUCACCCAUGGCUAAUACCGAAGACGGGUCCAUAGAGCAGGACGCCUUCACCUCCCUGCUGACCAGCGAGGUGACAGACAACAGCCUGGGUGAGGCCGAGCCCAUCACCACGACCAAAGCCAGAGUCCCCCGGGUCAUCGUCAUCGCUGCUGAUCCAAGCCUGUGGAGGGACCUGCGAGUGCUGCACGGCGGACUGUCGGUUUACAAGCGCACAGCAGACGACAACAACCAGGUCCUGGAGCACAGAAACCUGGCACAGCAGCUGAACAUUCCCAUCCUGAGGAGGGACACCAUGAGGUGCAUGGUGGGGAGGGUGUACCGGCCUUGCUGGGAGGUCUGAGGAUGGUUUGCUCUUGUUGAGAAGAACCGCAUCGUCUAAUGCUGAGCUUUAGCAUAACCCACAAACCUCUGUGUACUGAGAAUAAAUGUUGGUGAACUCCGCUUGA